AUGUUGAAGGAACGGGAAGAUCCGGACCAGGAGAUAUGCAAAGCGCCAUCGCCCUCGUCCGAGGACAGGAAGCUGCACGACUCGGACGCGGACCCCGUCGGAUCCCAACGAGUUUACAAGAAAACAUCCUCCAAUCAGUUGCUGACGCUGUACCUCGGCAGCCGGGAGCUUGUUGCCCGAAAGGGAGUAAUUGAGCCGCUCAAAGGCGUACUGUACAUCGAUCCAAAAGUCAUCGGCGAGGCUAAAAUUUACGGCCAGCUCACACUCACCUUCCGGUAUGGCCGCGAGGACGAGGAGGUGAUGGGCCUGAAGUUCUGCAAUGAAGCCGUUAUUGCCUUACAGCAAUUUUGGCCGAGACCGGCGAGCUCCGAGGCGGAAACGUUGACCCCGCUGCAGGAAGCACUCCUGGAGCGGCUCGGAAAAAAUGCGAUCCCCUUUGCGCUGGAAAUUGGCACGCUGGCACCGCCGAGCGUGCAGCUGCUGCCGGCCAAACGCUACACCGGGGCACCCAUCGGUACGAGCUACGACGUUCGCGUUUACACGGCCGAAGCAGCCGGCGACGAACGUGUCCAGCGUAGAUCAACUGUGAGAUUAGGUAUAAGAUUAAUCCAUAAGAUCUGCCUUGAUAGCACCAAAGCCCCGGCCGCCCUCGAGACGGCCACCGUCAACAACUCGUUCGGCGAUGGCGGCUCCGGUCCGAGCCCCAAAAGCCCACCGGCUCUUGCGCCCCAAAGCUCCAUCCAGGGCACGGACAGCAAUGCCAACAGUACCACCACCACCACGACCACCAUUCCUCGGGCGCUCCGGUUGCGUCUGUCGCCGAAGUCGCUCAAGCUGUCCUCACUCCAUCGGCACAGCAGCAGCGUGGACAGCACGAACGGGGGCAUCAAGUCGUACGGAGAUCAUGCCAUCAUCGAGCUGACGGAAACGAACAAGGGACCGCAGGUAUCCGUCGACAAGCCAUUCCUGUGGGCGGACGGUCGUGUCAAUCUGAAAGCAUCGCUCAACAAGGCGGCCUACGUGCACGGCGAAAACGUUACCGUUACGCUCGACAUCAAGAAUGACAGCCGAAAAAUUGUGCGGAAAAUUCGGCUGGUCGCCGUGCAGCACGUCGACGUCUGUAUGUUCAGCAACGGUAAAUUCAAAAACAUCGUCGCCGAGGUGGACGUCAGCAAACAUAUCGGCCCGGGCGAUACGCUUCAUGCGUCCUACUCGCUGCUCCCGGUACGAGGCACCACGAAAAACUGGAUCGCUGUGGAAGGUGCCUUAUUUAGCAGCAACAGUGCCGACCCGAGCUCGUCCGCCUACAACUCUAAGCUGGCUACCAGCGCCCCCCGGGGCAUGCUGUCUGCCGCAUCGAGCGGAUCUACCGAGGAGAAGAACGUGUUCGCCAUCUACGUGUCGUACUACGUCAAGGUGAAGCUAAUACUCAGCAGCAUGGGCGGUGAGGUCUCGCUCAAGCUCCCGUUCGUCCUGGGCAACGUGGAGCUCAGUAGCGCCGGAGCCAACAAACCGCCGGACACGCUCAGCGGGUUGAAAAAGUUACGCGAGCUACGACACAAAUCCACAGCAAUUGCCAGCAAUGGCGGUGUGGGCGGCAGUCUCGACUUUACGCCCUGCCGGUCACCCCUCUCGAAGGAGCUCAGCGUGCGCGACGUGGACGAACCGGAGGAGGACGAUCCGGUGGCGGACGGUAGCCGGGAGGCGUCGGAGAAUCGUGUGCGUACCCUGAACCAGCACAACGCAACACAGAGCACGGGCGUCCAGCGGCGGAUAGUGGGUUCGUCGGCGGACACGUCACCUUCGGCAGCGUCGGCGGCAACGUCGGCCGCCUCCAUCGGCGGCCCGGACCAGUCUCGUGAAGAACAGACCACCAUCAACAGCCGCCGGGAGCUGUUCCGAAACUCUAAGUUCAACGACAACCUCAACAGCACGAUCGACAUCAUUACCGAGGACUUCCAGACCAUUACGGCCAACAUCUCCAACCUGAUCAAGUCGGAUUCGAGCAAGUCGAACCUGAACGAGGCCGGCGCCUGCCCGCAGGAAAUCAGCGUUGAGGCUCAGAUCCAUUGUCCCCAGUCUGCCCUCGAGGAAAUUCCAGCCUGCAUUGGAACGCAUUCGGAACCGUCGUUGACCGGGACAACCACUCCGCAACCGACCGAACAUUGAUAAUGGAAGGACGUCGCCGGAUCGAGAGGACGUCGCCGGAUCAACCCGAAAGAACUCUAUAUUUAUACCGUAUGUGUGUCUGUUUGUGAGUGUAUUUACGAACGAUGAGUGUGUGCGUG